UUGCUUUCUUAAGUAUAUUUGUGAUGUCAGUAGCAUUCAAGGUAUUUUUAUUCAGUUGUGAAGAUAUUGACGACUAUAAUUCACAAGACUUAUGUGCUUUACAGUUUGUAACUAUACAAAUUACAAUACUUGUCUAUUAAAGAUUUAUAUUUGUCCCUUUGGUUCUUACCAGCUCUUUCUGAAACGAGGAGAGAGAUCAUUAUCCUCUUUUUAUAGAUGAGGAGACUGAAAUUCAGGGAGGAUUCCGGGUUAAGGGAUUCGUUAACAGACACUUCAUGAAAAGUGGUCAGAAUUUGAACCCAGUUCUGAUUCUAAAACCUAUCUGCCUCCUCUCUAUUCAUGGAUAAAUUGAGUAGGGGAGUCUAUUAUUGACUGUCCAGCAUGGGCUAGUAAUUUCAGACACGCUAUUUUUCAUCUACAAACUACAGGGUAGGGAACUAUGAUCAAAGAUAGAGAAAUUAAGGUUUAGAGAGGACCAAUAACUUUUUAGACGCAUGGGAAAGGGCUGAGCCCUUUCAGUGAGAAAUAGUAGAUAACUCUGGGAAGAGAGGUGUUGUCAGGUUACUGAAGUUUCUUGAGUGUGCAAAGCCAGACAGAGCAUCUCGUAAAAGGAAGCUCAUUGGUAAAAGCGUUUGGGAGGUGUGUUUGCUAUUCUGAGGAAUAUUUUCUUUUCCUUUUCAACAAAUCUUUAUCACGUACGGAAUCUUUGCUCUGCCACCUGCAAACAGACUGGAGAACAAUGAAAAACACCCUCUGCAGGAUAUUGAUUCCGAUGGAGCAAAUGUUGAUUAAGCAGAAUGGUGGCUUUUUUUUUUUUAACUGGAGGCGUUCCAGAUCUUUCCUUAGGCCUGUCUCUCCAGGGAAAUGAGCUCUAUCCUCAAAAAUCUACAAAAAAACCGGGGUAAGAAUGUAGAUUUACGAUGGGAGACGCUGGGCGGAAGGAGGCUAUCUGGUAGGCUAUCUAGAAGCUCAUCUUUGUGUUAUUGGAGAAACACUCUCCCUCUUGACAGGAUAUAGUCUGGUUAUCACAUAAUCUUCUCAGGUUUCAUUCUCAUUCUGUGCUUACAAAUACCCCAAAUAUAAAGAGAUGCAUUUCAUUAAGACAGCAUUUUAAGAGGCAGUUAAUCCCAGCUGUUGCCAUCUAUCUUAAACACCUACCUUUUCACCCUAGUGUGGAGUUUACAUGUCGAUAAGGGAUGUGAAAAAGGGAACCGCAGAAAUCUCGGCAAAGGCAAAACACCAAGGCUGCCUGUGGGAAUUGGAGUCAGAGAAAGAGCCCUGGAAGCUUUAAGUUCCAGAACGGCCCCUGGUACAAUACUUGCCUGCCUUGGGGCUUUGGGCUGACCCCAGACACCGAGGACUGUAAACACUUUUCCAGUCACAUAAACGGAAGGAUUCUGUGCCUGCAACUUCGGCAUUUUCUCCUUAAGAGACCUGUGGCAAAACAAGUGAAAAACACAGCUUCAAAGUCAUCACCAGCGUCACCGUGAGCCAAAACAGACCUCCUGAGGCCAACCCUUUUUGUCCCUUUCCUGUGCACCAUGAGUCCCAUUGCCUUCAUCACCCAAGUGACAGCCUGGCCUUGUGAUUUAUGAGCAUGGUGUCUCCGUGGCUGGGCUCUGAGCGUCUGCACCCUGGGUUUCUGGGAGCCUCGUGCAACGGUGAGCCCACUGCAGGGGCUUGAAAAGUAUCUGUUGACCAUCUGACAGGGUGAAUGAAUGACGUGGAGUCACGUUGCAACAGAUCCUGCUAUGGAAUCACCUGGAGAUCUCCAACUAAGAGCACAGAAGACGGGCGAGCAACUCAGCCCCUUGAAGGCACAGCAUUCAGCAAAGGCACCCCUUGGGGAAGGAAAGCGGGGGCAGCAACACCUGGCGUAUGAUCACGAUGAGGCCUUGGAGAAAUCCCAAAGAGAUCUGCUCUCAGUUACACAGUCAUUUGGUUGGGUUUUACUUCUUGUUCAUCUAGCCAUCCGCCAAUGCUUCAUGAGUAGCUUUUAACAUUUAACAAAUGAGAAAACUGGAAUAGGGAAGAGUUUAGAAUUCGAGAUUAUUACUUACAUUUUUGGAGAGUUCAAAACAUUUCCUUUUGUGCAAUCUUAUUUAAUCAUAAUAAUAAUCCUAUAAGAUGGUGCUCUUAAAGACUACUAUUAGUUUGGUUGAGUUAGAAAAAGGCUGAGAGAGGCUAGAAUUUCAAUAUUGUCCUGCCUCUGUUCCUAGAUACAUAUAUGCUGAAGCCAAGUGACGGCGAAUUCAAAGCCUCUGUUAGCACAAGGCUUUUGCCUCUGAAUACCGGUGCGUCCCCCCGGGAGCCAGGCUGGACUGCUGGGAGGGCUCCUUGUGACCAGGCAGGAACAGCAAUGCCAUAAGUAGGCCAAGGCUCUUUCUCAGUGCUUGCCAGCAAGCUGCACUUAAUUCUCAGCCCUCUGUUCUCCUGCUCUGAGUCCAAGGAGAGAAUGGUCCAAGAAAAUGGGAGAUAAGUAAAGGAGAGGAAAAGGAGACUCCUUUUAAGCCUAGAGCAGACUUGCCUCUUUUCAUCUCCUCAGAGCAGAACAGCUCCAAGAAUCCAAGAAGCUUGAGUAGCCUGGGGCAGCCCUGAGUCUCUGGCCCUGAAGGGUUUGCAAUUGAAAAAGAUCAGUAUUCUUCGGAGAGUGAGAUUGUCUUUACUGCUCAGCACUCGGCCCAGGGAUAGGUCCUUGAUUCAUCCCUAUCUGCCCUCAUCUUCCUUGGGGAAUAGAUGGGAAGGGAUAAAGGAAGAGAAGAUGGUAGACGAGAGCCUCCUGAUGGGAUAAGAAUCAUUCCCGUCCUAUAGCUGAGAUACUAAGACUCAGAGGUUAAGUGGCCUCUCCUCCAUCACGCAGCCGGGCAGAGCUAGACGCAGUACAAGAAUUCAUCCACUCAAGGCUUCUGUUUGAUGCUCAGGGCCGCACCUGGUCCCAUGCUGCUCUUCCCGCUGAGACCGCACACACCCAGCAUGCUGUGCACACUGGGCCGCUGCCACUCAGGAGCUGUGAAAUGCAGUGGAGGGAACUGUGAAUAUAGUUCCUUUAUACAGAGGAGUUAAAAAGCACUGAAAUACGAAGAAAGAUUUUUUUUAAUGUUUAUUUAUUUUUGAGAGAGACAGAGACAGAGUGCAAGCAGGGGAGGGGCAGAGAGAGAGGGAGACACAGAAUCUGAAACAAGCUCCAGGCUUUGAGUUGUCAGCACAGAGCCGGACACGGGGCUUGAACCCAUGGACCGUGAGAUCAUGACCUGAGCUGAAGUCAGAUGCUUAAGCGACUGAGCCACCCUGACACACCUGAAAUAUGAAGAAAGAUUUAAAGGAGCUAAAUAAAUGGAACUGGGCUACUUGAUAAUUAUGAGGGAUGUAAUAGCAGGCUGCACAUUUCUGAAGGCUAGAAACAUCUGAAAUGACGAGCUAUCUAGUGUGGAAUAUGAUUAAGGAAUGAAUAGCAUGAAGUGGAAACAUAAGUCAGAUAACAGGACAAUAACUAACAACUCUCUUUUCCUUUGUCUCCCUUCUGCAGGGGCGAGAGGAAGAAACAGCCUUCAGGGACCUGACAACUUUAGGAGUUAUUUUUCCAAAACAAGCAUUUAUUGCUAUAGAAUGACAUAGGAUAAAUGAAGGUUUCAGUCCCAGAUGAAUUUCCUAGCCCAUUUUAUUUUAUUUUAUUUUUUAUUAAAUUUAUUUUUCAAUGUUUAUUUAUUUUUGAGAGAGAGAGAGCACAGGUAGGGGAGAGGCAGAGAGAGAGGGAGACACAGAAUCCGAAGCAGGCUCCAGGCUCUGAGCUGUCAGCACGGAGCCCGAUGCAGGGCUGGAAUCCAGGAACCCUGUCUUAAGGCCUAUUCAAAUGACCUGAGCUGAAGUCGGAUGCUUAACCGACUGAGCCACCCAGGCGCCCCCUUAGCCCAUUUUAAAUAAAUGUUGCACAAAUGCAUCUUCUUUCACAUCUUCCCCUAUGUCCACUGUCAAUGCUUUAAUUCUUGCUCCAUUAAGUCUCACUGGGCAUGUUGCUGUGGCCUCUAGCUACCUCUCUGCUUUGAGAUUCUCUAACCACUUUACCCUCUGCAUGGCCACCACAUGACCUUUCUAAACCACUUCCCAGAAUAAUACUUUAAAACCACAUGAAGACUUUUAUGAGUUAGCCCUCUUGAUAUUGCAAAUAAUAAAAAAACCUGACUCAAGCUUUUUAUUUUUUUAUAUUUUUAUUAUAUCUACUUUUUAGGUUCAUGUGAUGGCAAGGUCCGGAGAUGGAAGGACUGGCUACUGGAUGGUUUAAUCCUGAGGCCCAGUGACGUAAUUCAGGACAGAGUUUCUUUGUGUCUCCCUGCUGUACCUCCCACAAUGCCAGCUUCAUCCUGUACCGGCGGGAGCUGGCUCCAGCCUUCAAGAAGAAGCCAACAGCUUGUAGGACUGUGCUGACUGCGUUCAAAGAGAGAGAGAGAGUGCUGUCUCAGGGUGCUGGGCAAGAAUCUUGAGAUUCACUGGAUUGGACAGGGUUAGGUCACAGGCCCAACCUCGAACCCAUCUUUGUGGCCAGGGGAAUGGAAAAUGUUGUUUGGCUUAGGUAAAUUAGGGACUACCCUGAACGUGGGUACUGGGGAAGCUUCAGUUGGAGUAUUUGGGUUGAAUAGGGAUGGGGGAAUCCAGAACAAAUGAUGGACUGAAACAGGAAGGACGGAUAGCUGGGUGCGCCAUUAGAGACCCUCCACGACUGAGCUGCCCACCCCCUAUCCAGUCUCAAUUCCCACCAUAGACACCUCCUCUGUACACCCUAUACUCAGCCGUGGGUGACUUUGUUGUCCUCAGAAUAUACCCUGCAAUGUCCACGUCUAAGUCUUCACCCAUGCUCUUCUCCAAUCUGGAAUAUACACCCCCCACCAGCACGUUGAAGACCUACUACUCCUCCCUGAACGUCUAGCUUAAAACCCAUUCUCCCAUGAUAAGUUUCCAGAUUCCCAGCUAAAUAAACAUCUCCCUUCCCUAUUCUCCAAUUCACCUUCUUCACAUUACGAGCUGGGUGAUUCUGGGCAACUUACCUGACCUGUCUGAGCUUCAGUUCCCUCCUACAUAAAGUGUGGAUGACACGAAUGCAUACGCCAGGAGUUGUGCAGAUUAAAUAAGUGAAUAUAUAUCCGCUCUUAGAACACUGCUUGACGCCUCAGGAUGAACUAUUACUUUUAUUGUUGCAUUUUAUGUACCAGUGAGCCCUGUGGUAGCCUGACUUUGGGUUUAUCUUUUCAAUAGAUUGUGAGUCGCUGGAGUGCACGCUAAAACAUUUGCCAUUGAAUCUUUCCAUGACUCACUUAAAUAUUUUGGAGCACCCUAUGUGUCAGAUGGUGGGGUACAAAGAGCAGGACAUGCUCCCUAUCGGUCCUAAGACCUAGCAUGUUCCCAGCAUGGAGAAGGCACUCAAUGAGUGUUUGUAGAGUUGGACUGAAAUCAGCCCUGACAGAAAUAACCAUGUUUCCUGUCCAGGUGGCUCCAGUGUAUAUGAGUGGACACCCAGAUGAAGCCGGAUGGUAAUGGCUGGUCCAGGUCCAAAGGCUGCCGAGAACCAUACCCUGGACUAGCUGAGGCUGUGUCAUCUGGGGUUUCUGCCGAGGCAGCAGACAGACCGGGAAAAGGACCUGCCACAGAUAAGGAUUUGAGCGCAGUGACAGGACCACAGGACUGCAAGGUCAGCAGCCACAAGAAUGGACCUGAGAGGAAUACCAAUCGCUCUGCUCCUUUGUAAGGGAUAGAGAAGCCUGGAUUUCCAAAUUCAAAACACCCAUCCGGCUGCUUCUACAAAUCCCUGAAUAGGGAAUCAGUCCAGAGAUACAGAAUUUUUUUCCGCCAAUAUCUUACGGAGGACUUGCGUAACUCCACGGAGCUUCCAGUAAACACCAAGAACCCAAACCGGAGGUGUGCAGUGUGUGUAUGUGUGUGCUGUGUGUCCAAGGGUCAGAGACGUGCGCUCCCGCAGUGAGGGCGGCCUCAGACGCAAAUGCCCAGGCCCGCCACCCAGUCGCCCGCUGAGAGGAUCUGGCCGCCAACUCCAGGAAACAAAAAACAACGACAAAACAAAACAAACAAAAAACCCCCCUCCAUAAUGGAUAUCCCCAGGGGUCUUCCCCCCCCCUCCCCGAAAAAACGCGUUCCACUUUGUGGAACGUUCCAAUUUGUGCGGAAAUUAUACGCACAAGGCAACUCAUUCCAUUCGGGAAGAUGAGAAGUGCUGCAGAAGCGAGACUGGCUGUAUGUGGGGACACGGUCCCCCAAACCGAAAGAGGACAUUCCCAGAAACCUCGUCUUGCCCCUCCAAGCGCCGGCCCGUGAGGUGGUGUGGCCACUGUGGCCGCGCACGAACUCCGCUCUGCGGGAGCCCUGCAGCCUCCGCGCAACUGUCGGCGCGCCACCCGGCCAGGUGCAACGGGCCCGGCUCCGCCAGCGGCGCGCGCCUCCCGCCGCCGGGCACGGGUGGCCCCGCAGCCGAGAUUUACCGCGGCGCAGGGCGGCGGUUUCCGGGGCCGCCCGGCGCCCGGGCUCCGAUUACAGGUUCACACGGGGGGCCCGGCCCGCGGCCGCCCAGCCCCCGCCGGAGCGCCCCCGCGCGGCCCCGCUCCCCCGCCUGCCCAUUCUUCUCCAUUCAUGCGGACGCCCUGCGCCGCCGCCGCCGCCAGCGCGGCCGCCGUCGCCGCCGCCGGCCGCCCGGAUUGGCUGGCGGCCGUGGCGCCGGCACUUUCCCACGGCCCGCGGCGCGUGCGGCUCACCGGCGGCGCUGCAGGCGCGGCCCUGGCGUGCGUCCAGGCCAAUCGGGGCGCGCAGGGCGGGGCGGGGCCGCGGCCGCCGGCGGGCUUGUGUCCCGGCCCGGCCUCCCUCGCCUGCCCGCCGCCGGCCCACCGCCGCCCGCGCCUCCUCCUUCCCCCCGCAGUGGAGACCCAGCGGAGCCCCCGCGGAGCCGACGCACCGCCGCCGGGCAGGGGCCGGCGAGGAGGGCGGGGGCAGGGUUCGCCCUCGAUCUUAGCCUCGCUCCGGUCCCUCCCCGGAGUGGCUGCCAAUCAACGGAGCGAGAAGCCGGGUUGGCGGAGCGGAGGCUGUUGCCCAGGAGCCGCCGCUCCGCCCCUCCGCCUCCUACACCCCGCCUGCCCUCCCAGGGGACUUGAGUAGGGG